CUCUCGCGCCAGGGAGCAGGGAGCUUCCGCACCGCUCCUUAACUGCUGUCAAGUAGCUAAGCAACACUAGCUAGCACUAUGUUAUCACAAUCUAGAUGUGCAUACCGGACGAUUGGUCGCUCUCUGUCAGCGGUGAGCCAGGCCAACAAUGUUCUGGUCCGGCAAAGUGUAUCAGGCCUCCCUGUCUGCAGCCGGCUAGUUUACAGGAAUUCUCAGCCAUGUGAAUUGCCAUCAUUAGUGAAUAUCUCCCACAUCAGAUUCUUCAAGACAUCAGCUGUUCACAGGGAUGAAGUUGUUACAGUCAAAACACCUGCGUUCGCAGAAUCAGUUUCAGAGGGCGACGUGAGGUGGGAAAAAGCUGUGGGCGACUCAGUGAAAGAAGAUGAAGUGGUCUGUGAAAUUGAGACCGACAAGACCUCAGUACAAGUCCCCUCUCCAGCAGCUGGCGUGAUUGAGGAACUGCUGGUGCCUGAUGGAGAGAAGGUGGAAUCAGGGAGGCCCCUCUUCAAACUACGGAAAGGAGCGGUUGCUGCCAAAGCUGCUCCCUCCCCAGCUGCAGAGGCCCCAGCUGCAGCCCCUCCCCCGCCUCCCUCUUCAGCCCCCAGUGCCAUGCCUCCAGUCCCCCCGGUGCCACCACAAGCUGCCCAAGCCAAACCUGUUUCUGCCAUCAAGCCCACAGCUGCAGCUCCAGCACCUCCAACAGCAGGAGGCAGAGGAGAAAGCAGGGUGAAGAUGAACCGUAUGAGGCUGCGGAUUGCCCAGAGGCUAAAGGAGGCUCAGAACACCUGCGCAAUGUUGACCACCUUCAACGAGGUGGACAUGGGAAAUAUUCAGGACAUGAGGACAAUCCAUAAGGAUGCUUUCUUAAAGAAGCACAAUAUCAAGCUGGGUUUUAUGUCAGCGUUUGUGAAAGCUGCAGCACACGCUCUGACUGACCAACCUGCUGUCAAUGCCGUUAUUGAUGAUUCAACCAAAGAGAUUGUCUACAGAGAUUACGUAGACAUUAGCGUCGCUGUGUCAACUCCAAAGGGGCUUGUUGUGCCGGUUAUCCGUAAUGUUGAGACCAUGAACUUUGCUGACAUUGAGAAAACCAUUAAUGCAUUGGGAGAAAAGGCUCGUAACAAUGAGCUUGCUGUGGAAGAUAUGGAUGGAGGCACCUUCACCAUCAGCAACGGUGGCGUGUUCGGCUCCAUGUUUGGCACACCUAUCAUCAACCCCCCCCAGUCCGCCAUCCUGGGCAUGCAUGGCAUCUUCGACCGACCUGUGGCCAUCAACGGCAAGGUUGAGAUCCGGCCCAUGAUGUACGUGGCACUGACGUACGACCACCGACUCGUUGACGGCAGAGAAGCGGUCACCUUCUUACGCAAGAUCAAAGCGGUGGUGGAAGAUCCACGAGUGCUGCUUCUGGACAUGUGAUGUUUCUGCCACCACAUUAAUCCUAUUUAAAGCUAAACU